GGACAGAGGGGGGGCGCCGCAAGGUGAGGGCACCGCGCUGCUUUAAGAAGCCGUGCGCCCCCGCCACAGCUCAGAGCUUGCGGCGCUGCGCGCUGGCCGGACUUGCGGGCACAAGCUCGGUGCCCCGCUCCCGCCGCGCCCGCUGCUCCUUCCACUCGGUGCGAGCUCGCAGCCGCCUGUGCCCCAAAAGGUGGCCAGACGAGCGCGGCGAGCCCCGAGGGAUCGGUUCUCAGCUCCUGCGACGCAACGCCUCCAGCAGCAACAGUAUAGACAGUGUGCAGUCUGCGCAUCUCAUUGCCCACUGGUGCAGAGACUGAGCUGCACCUUGUCUCCUGCCUGCCUGCCAUCACCAUGACACCCACCUGCACCAACAACACUCGAGAGAACAACAGCAGCCAACCGUGCAUGCCCCUCUCCAAGAUGCCUAUUAGUCUAGCUCACGGCAUCAUCCGAGCCACUGUGCUGCUCGUCUUCUUUGGUGUAUCCUUUGUGGGCAAUGUAGUGCUGGCUUAUGUAUUGCAGCGUAAGCCACAGUUGCUGCAGGUGACCAACAGGCUCAUCUUUAACCUCCUCGUCACUGACCUGCUGCAGAUUGUUCUCGUGGCCCCCUGGGUGAUGGCCACCUCCAUUCCUGCCUUCUGGCCUCUCAAUAUCCACUUCUGUACGGCCCUGGUUAGCCUCACCCACCUAUUUGCCUUUGCUGGUGUCAAUACCAUUGUGGUCGUGUCAAUAGAUCGAUACCUGACCAUCAUCCACCCUCUUUCCUACCCAUCCAAGAUGACCCACCGACGUGGUUAUAUGCUCGUCUAUGGCACCUGGAUUUUGGCUGUCCUACAGAGCACACCUCCUCUCUACGGCUGGGGCCAGGCUACUUUUGAUGAACGUAAUGCUCUCUGUUCCAUGAUCUGGGGAGCCAGCCCAAGCUAUGCCAUUGUCACUGUGAUAUUCUUCAUCGUCGUUCCACUGGUUGUUAUGAUUGCCUGCUACACUGUGGUGUUUGGUGCAGCACGUCGGCAGCAUGCUCUCCUGUACAACGUCAAGAGCCGCAGCUUGGGAGUGAGAGUCAAGGACUCUGUGAAGACUGAGAAUGAACGGGGAAUAGCGAAGAGGGAUGAGUGCCAGGAUGAGAAUGAACUCCUGUGCCCAGGUGAAGGUCAGGCCAAGACUAAGAAAAGCAGCAUCGAGGUGGAAGAGAGUCCCAUGGAAGCCGGAGACAUCAUCAUGAAGGCCAGAGAAAGAAGUCCUGAUUUAAGUGCAGGUAUUGCUGAGUCCAAGGGCAUUGAAGAGGUCAGUAACGGCAGCAUGGAGGAUCUGGAAGUCGGCAGUGAAGUUCAGGAGAGCAGCAUGAAGGCAGACACUGGCCGAAUAGAGGUCAAUCAGUGCAACAUUGACUUGGGUGAAGAUGACAUAGAGUUCGGCAUGGAUGACGUUCAUUUCAGUGAGGAUGAUGUUGAGGCCAUGAACAUACGAGAGAGCUUUCCAUCCAGUCGUCGGAACAGCAACAGCAACCCACCUUUGCCCCCGUGCUAUGAGUGCAAAGCUGCAAGAGUGAUCUUCCUCAUCAUUUUCUCCUAUGUGCUAUCUCUGGGGCCCUACUGCUCUCUAGCUGUGCUGGCUGUGUGGGUGGAUGUCCAAACCGAGGUCCCCCAGUGGGUGAUUACCAUAAUAAUCUGGCUUUUUUUCCUGCAGUGCUGCAUCCACCCUUAUGUCUAUGGCUACAUGCACAAGUCCAUCAAGAAGGAAAUCCAGGAGGUACUGAAGAAGUUUGUCUGUAAGAAAAAGCCCUCUACAGAAGACAGCCACCCUGACCUGCAUGAGUCCGAAGCUGGCACAGAGAGAGGCACUGAAGGCAAGGUUGUCCCCUCCCAUGAUUCUGCUACUUCACCUUAAAGUUAGUUCUAAGGCAAACUUUUCACUGUCCACAAAACAGAAAACAAGAGCAGCUUUCUUUUCAGUGCACCACCUACAAUCUCAUUAGUGCCAAUCCUUACCAUUUCAGGCAAAGGUGUUGUACACGCAUCCUUUUCCACCACAAGGCAGGUAAAUAUAAGGAAGAAGUAGAGACUUGGAUCUUUCCUGAAAGGUAUAAGCCCGUCAAAGAGUGGACUUGAGGAUUCCUAUCAAAUAUGUACAUAUUAGGCUCCAAAUUUCCUAAAACAAGGGCUACCUGGUUUGGACCUGUUCUUGGUAUGUUGCCUGCCUCCCCAGAGCUACAACAUAGCAGCUUUAGCUCUGAGUAAAAGGGAAAGUGAUGCCUGUGGACACAAGAACUAUUUGGCCUUCAGGUCAGGAACUCAUGGGCUGGGAAUACGUAUUGUGUUCAACUGAAAGAAAAGCAACUGAUCAAAUCACUUUUGGAGUCCUAAAAGCACAGCUAGGCGGACUGAUCAUCGUAGGAGCAGAUUUCUGUACUGAAGAGCCCCACAAUACGGUGCAGAGACUAUAAUACAAACUUUGACAUAGGGGGAUUGUGCAGCUAGAAUAUGAAGAAGGCAUCUAGGUCCUCUAAAGGGAUCCAGAAAAGGGCAUACACGAAAUAGAGAGCUAGUUCAAGGGAAGAAAUGGAGAAAUAAGUCGUAUCCAUGGAGCUAAACAAUUGUGUGGUUCUUUCUCUUUCUCUCUCUCCUCUCUUUCUCCAUCCUCCCCUACCCUGGGAUUCUUCAUGGGCUGGGACUGACCUCUGUGAAAAUGGAACACUGUCAAGUGACACAAAUAUUUUCUGUCUCCUAUUGGUGUAACAGCAGGAAAGAAAUCAAGCCAGUAUUUUACUAUUUCCCUUCUGUGACCGAGUUGGAAUGCUCAUGAGAAUUCUCUAGACCUCUACCAACCACUUGUGUUUUACUUUCUUUUAUUUCAAAUUGAUGUUUGGGUUAAACAAUUUUUCAGGUUUAAAAAAGAAGAAAUUCAAGUAUGAAUGGUCCAAGUUCUAGAAAACUCACACUGCCAAUGAAUUUUAUGUCCAUAAGAAGUCUCUUUUAUCUCUAUAACCUAAUAAAGAUGAGCUAGUUUCUCCAUAUGAGGAUAAACAUGUUCCUUCCUCCAGGCACACACAACUUUUCAACCUGUGGCUCUCUCUAAAACUUGUACGUUCUCUGCACAAAUGCAGAAAUGACAGAGAGGAUUGCUUCAUAAUACCUAGCAAAUAUUUGAACUAUUCCAAAGAAUCUGAAGAUCAAAGCAUCUGAAUCAAGCAUGUCUUAUUGAUUACUAUUGAAACACACCUCUUGUAAUAUGAAAAUUACCCCCAGGGCAAAUACCCAAGUAAAGUUUAAAAAUAUCAAACCUGGAAAUCACUUUGGGCAAGGACAGAGCUAACAUAUUUCAGAGAGCACAGGACAUAUUUAAAGACAAAAUAACAUGCAACCAAAAACUAGCAAGCAAGUGUUGUUGAAGCAGAUACCUACUGUUAAGAUGGGAGGAGGGAAAGGGGAGGGAUAUUUGAUUAAAAAUGAUUAAACAGGAGGUUGUACAUGAUGGUAGCCAUAGUCAGAGGUUAACAUUCUUCAUUCAUUUAUAUGUUAUCUCUUCUCCUCACAGAUUCCAGCAUGAGCUUCUCAAAGGGGGAGAGGUAAACGGCUGUGAAUAAGUGUGUGGGGGGAUGUGGGAUUACCAUAUUCAGAAUGCAGGAGAGGUGAUUAAACCAAAUACUAUUGAACUGACCUGUCAGAUCAUUAUGUCCAUGAGAACUUUAUCAACUUCAACUCCACUAAUUUGGAACUUGUGAUAAUCUCAGACAAGGCAUGGUAUCUAAAAUUAACCCUCACAUCACCAUUUAUUUUUCCAUCAAUAUUGAUAUAGCAAAUUAAUAUUCAAAAAUUUAUUACAUUGAUUUAUUGCUAAAAUUAUAUUGGCCAAUCCUUAAAAGACACCUGGGUGAAGUGGCUUAUUUGAUCAGUUUUCUUGUGGGGCAAGGGUUAUUUCCUUACAAGUUUGAAACAGAGGCGUUCAAAGGUGGUAAUACCUAUACUAUCAGUAGAAAUGCUUAUAUACUUACAUAGAAAACAGGAUUUCAAACGUGUUUCCAACAUUUUGUUGAAACUGAACUUCUUAUUUUAUUUUUAAAGCUCAACCCCUUCAAUGUGUAACAAAGAGAAUUGUUUGCCAAAACUCAAAAUCCAAAUGGAACCAGAACCUGUACAAGUGUGGUAAGUCCAUUUGACAACACACACAACAUCUUCCAGGGUGCUGACUCACCUGCUCCUAAAACAGUCCAACUUUCUCUCUUUUAUUCACUGUUCAUUCUUUGGAAAUUGGAGUCUUCAAAGGUGAAGACCUUUUGAAAACAGGGUAGAAAGGACAACCCUUGAAGCAAAGGCAUUCUGUCUUGAUGACAUUUUCUUUUAAUGAACAAUAGGACUGCUGGUUAGCAUGGAGAGAGGAUUUAACAAGCAGCUGCAAGCUAAGAACCAAGCUAAGACGUCUGGCCAGUCAGGGCUUUAGACACUCUCCCUACUUAACUGUGUCUCCAUUUUGAUUAUUCUGGGCCCCUGAAGGCCCUAAACCACUCCCAAGCUUAGGCAUGAGGAGGCAGAAGCGUGAGCUGGAGACAACAGACUAGAGCCUAAAACCCUGGAAGAAUAGACACCUUUCCAAUUACAUAUGAUAGCUUCCUCGAUGGCAAAUAUUUAACAUGCAUAUUAGCACACUUAGGCUAUAAGCAACAAAACUGGUUAGAGGAAGAAAUAGGGAAACUCAAAUAUACUGAACUUGGCCACUGCCAGGUCACUGGCAAGUUCACUGCUUUUUGGUAAGUAGGGUAAGAAGCCUCAAGGAACAUGAAGGUUGCCAAUAGGAGUUAGGUUUCCAUCAUUGCCUCCCAAAGCCUCCAUAUCUUAAGAGUAUACACACUAAGGGGAAAACACAGCAACUUGUACAUAUAAGAUUUGCUGUGUGAAGAUGAACUGCUGUAUUUCUUUUGCUCUAAAAGAGACAAAAACAAGAUUGGUUUUAGUUUGGUGCUUCAAGUUUGAGUGGAUUUUUCCCCUCUUCAUCUGUUACAACUUUGUUGAAAAUUGGUACUUUUGUCUUGUGUCAGUGCUGUGCUUUUUUGUGGUAUUUCUUCUAAUUGUAAGCUCUAACUGUAUAUAAAAUGUGUUCUUGGAGAUAAGGUGCUAGAUAUUAGAUUGUAUGUGUUCAUAGCUAGUGUCAUCAGUAAAAAGUGAGUGAUGUGUACAUGUAAAGUUAGUUAGCAAAAUGCAUGCAGUAUUCUAUAUGUGACCCACAAUUCUUGAAGUAGAACAUAGUACAUUUAUUUACCUUUAAAAGUGUAUACUACAGGAUAUGUAAGAUGGCUCCAAGAUCACCAGUGUGGCAGGAAGAGUUGACUUUCAUUCCUUAAAUGCCUGAUACAUGACAAGCAAGAACUUAAUUCUGGUACUAUUGGUAAUUGAUGUGAACUAAAGUAUCAACUUGGCUGAAGUCCUUGCUGGCAGUUCUUCACAGUACACCUGGCACUGGUAUACCUGUUUUCUUCAAUGUAUAGAAUGCAAAAUCAAAGAAGACGGUCCUUUCCCCAUAAAAGAGCAAGAACCCCAGGACAGGCUAUUGGAGUCCUGAUAGCAGAAUGAAAAGAACACUACAGUUUCAAGACCUAAACAGGAACCAGUACCUGAUUGGGAAGUUAUUGGACUUGCAUUUAGCUAAUCCAUAUUGUGACCAUCCCCGCCCUCUUGGAGAAGUGCCAAAACCCAGAAAAAGGCUGCUCUGGUUUUUGUUUCCCCCUUUGACUGUCUCAGACAAGAUGCAGUAUUGAUAAAGAGACAGUGAGAAUUCUCGGGUUGGGGGGAGGGCAGGGGUUACAGCUCAGGUGUUUGAAGAGUUACAGUUGUAGAUCAAAUAUAUUUGCAAAAGAACUCAGAUUAUUUUAUUAUAUUUUGAGAACAAAAGUAUUACAAGAGAAUAUAUAUAUAUACAUAUACAUAUAUAUAUACUCACUAAAUUAUUUCUAAAACUGCCUUUAAUACCAAAUUUCAUGUGCUAUUUUGAGACUGAGAACAAUAGGAACACUGCACUCAGUCAAUAAAACAGUUCUCUUUAAUACUUUCCAUUUUAAAUUUAAAAGUUUCCUUUAAAAAAGGUUUGUAAUUUAAAAGUGCCUUUUCAAAGGAUUUUCAAAACUACAGUCCUGGGGACAAGUUCCCAUUGGCACAACUUACCUUCAGGUGCACAAAUGGGGUGGAAUUUAUUGUCCACCUUUCAGCAAGAAGAGAAAUCCCCUCACACUCCAAUCAAAUUUACAAAUUGAUACUGCUACAUGGGUCAGUAGUCCCAGAGACUCUGCCUAAUGUCAAGGUUUCAUAUAUUGGAUGAAUUUAAUUGAAUGCUUUCUAAACUGGUUAUGACACAUUUAUUGUUGGACAGGAAAAACAGACUCCUGCUUGGGGAAUGCAGAGAGAUUAACAUUUGUGAUUUAACUAUUAUUAAAUGUUUGUGUUUCUUAAAUAGGUGCUGUUAAUCUGUCCUUGGUAUAUUCUUCUGAAAUACAUUAAAUAAAGUGCGAUUUUACGUGUG